GCGGGGGGGGUCUGUUGUUUGGUCUGACUAGGGUUUUACUUUAAAUGAGCUAUUUAUGGUGCUGAAAGUUAAUGACUUGUUCAAUUUACUGAUUGUGAAUAGUUCUUCUUGAGCUCUUUGUUGAACUGGGAUUGUGUUUUCUUGGACAUUGGGGUGGGACUUUUUUUUUUUUUUUGUAAAUUUGAAAGCUUUGCUUAGGAUUUUGUGAAAUGCUUUGGAACUAGCUGUUUCCUGUUCUGUAUGGACUUUUUGUACUUGGUUUUUUGCUAGUUCUAUCUUCUUUAUGAAUUAGAGAUGUUCCUAGUUAGUACUUUACUUUUCUUAGCAUUUCUUUUUGUACUUUAGUCUUAGUUCAAAAUUUUGUACAUGAAGAAGAGUCUUGGUUUUAAUUCUUCUAAUUGUUCACCUGCUUGGUUGGAUGAUCUUUGUUGGAGAUAGUCAAAUACAGGACAAUGAGAACUUCUUUAAGUAGCCAGCAUGUUGAAUUCCAAUGUUUUAGGUUGUUUUCUUGAUACUCAAGUGGUGUGGUAAAGGAGAAGUUAAUUUUGCUACACUUUCAAAGAUAUGGAUAUAGCAAGCAAGAAUGAGAGUGAACAAGAAAAGAGGAAUGAAGAAGUCUCAAUGAACUAUCAGUCACCAAAUAUUUCUUCAGAAUGGCAAUUAAGUGGUAGCAAUUUGACAAAUGCAUCUAUGGGAAUAAUGAUUCCUAGUAGUACCAAUCAAAUGGUUGAUUCAUUUUGCACUACUACUUGGGAUCAAUCUACCAAUUCACCAAACUUAGGUUUCUGUGAUGCUAAUGUUCAAAUAAAUCCUAGCACUACAAAUCCACUAGGAACACUGGGUCCUAGUUGGACUCCAUCAAAUCCGAUGUUGAAAGGGGGCAUGUUUCUACCUCCCGGUCCGGUGAUGCUUCCGCAGUUUCCGGCUGAUUCGGGUUUUAUUGAAAGAGCUGCAAGGUUUUCUUGCUUUAGUGGAGGGAACUUUGGUGACAUGAUGAACCCUUUUAGCAUCCCUGAGUCGAUGAAUCCGUAUCAUAGGGGACCGGCACCAAUGCAAGGUCCUCAAGAGGUUUUGGCAUGUAAUGGUUUGAAAUCACCUCAGAAGCAGCACUUGAGUAAUGUGGACACUGAGAAAAGCCCCCUCAAGAAUGAAAAAAAGAGUGAAAGUUUUGCUAGGUCUCAGGAUGAAGCAAAAGAAGUUGUUGGAGUCUCUGGUAAUGAGUCUGAUGAAGCUGGAUGUAGUGGCCGUCGAGAAGAAACAGAGGGUGCUGGUGAGGAGUCUUAUGGAAAGAAUAUCGGCUCAAAGAAAAGGAAAAGAGGCGGUCAGGAUACUGAACCUGCUAAGGAUCAAAUUGAAAUUCAGAAAGGGGAGCAAAACCUGAAUUCAAUUUCUAUCAAGCCUGGUGGAAAGAAUGGUAAACAGGGGUCUCAAUUUUCAGAUCCAACGAAAGAAGAAUAUAUACACGUUCGAGCUCGAAGAGGCCAGGCAACAAAUAGCCAUAGUCUUGCAGAAAGAAUAAGGAGGGAGAAAAUCAGUGAACGGAUGAAAUAUCUUCAGGAUCUUGUGCCUGGUUGCAGCAAGGUCACCGGCAAAGCUGUGAUGCUUGAUGAGAUCAUUAACUAUGUACAGUCUCUGCAAAGGCAGGUUGAGUUCCUCUCAAUGAAGCUUGCAACAGUAAACCCACGGCUAGAUUUUAAUAUUGAUGGGCUCCUGUCAAAAGAUAUCCUCCAGUCUCGAGCAGGUCCUUCAUCCUCGCUCGCCUUUCCACCUGAUAUGACCAUGCCAUAUCCUCCCUUACAUCCAUCACAAGCUGGAAUUCUUCAAUCUGUUCUUCCUGGUUAUGGAAUUCCUAAUGAUGCAUUUCGUAGAGCCAUCAAUCCCCAUUUAGCCACUACUAGUUGUGGGCCUGGUGACUACAAGGAUCCUUCAUCUCAGGUUCUCUGUCAUCAGGACAGAUGAAAGCAGAACCUUGAACUCUAUCAUUGAUACCAUGCGUUAUUGGGGGAUUAAGGUGCACUGAUUAUGUUUUUUGUGUUGGAUAAAGAAAACAUCUGGAAGUGCGUCACACUGAGAGCUCUUCCUAUUUCACAUUGAACAAGACCUCCAUCAAGUAGUUCCCAGUGAGUCUGUACAGCAAGUGCAUAAUGAGUUUUUGUUAAUGGUGCAUUCACCUCCUUUUCAUAAGUGACACAAUCGGCUACCACGAGAGUGAAAAUUUGUUCCACGAGAUUGUCGUUCUUCCAACAACAACUGCAAUUGAAGGUUCAAGAACUAAUGUUUUGUCGAUACAUAGUUGUUUUCUUGAAUCUCUUGUUUUGGGGGGGUGGAGGGGGAAGGAUGGUUAUAUUCCUGGUCAUUCCAUGUGGAAGAACUUGAAAAUUGUAUGGCCUGGGGAAAGUAAAUGAUGUUCCAUGCUUCUUUUCUUCCAAAGCAUUCUUUACUAUAAAACUUUGUUCAGUUACUGCAAAAAAAUAAGCACUAUAUCUGAUUUUGUUGACUGUAAAGAGGAUUAUCUCUCCAUGGUCC